UUACAGAAAUGAUCAAACGGGAGGGUGAUGAUGAUGCAUUUUAGUUUGUUGGCAGAGUCCCUGAUGGGGCUGACUUUGCCAAGAUGGCCUUUCAGAAUAAUAGUUUUUGCGGAGCAGCCACACGAUUGUUUGAAAUGUAGACUGCCAAAAGAUCAGGCCCUUGAUUAAAAUCAACAAGCAGAAGGAAACCACUAUCCCUAAUGACAGUUGCUCAAUGAAUCUGUGUCUAUUUGUAUCAAAAUGUAAAAAACAAAAACUGUGGGAAAAAUGAGUGGGAUAAACACACAAAGACUAGCACUCCCCCCAUGCAGCAUUCAAGCUUAUGGUGGUGAGUGACAUAACAAUAUAGCUUCGCAGAGCCACAACGACCAUAUGCGGUUCCAUGAUUGUGCUAGCAGUGCAAACAAAAACAUGUGGGAAAAUAAAGGCAGCGGAGACACAACAUGGACGCCAUCCAAAAGAGAAGCAGAGGGACUUGCGGGUGGACAAUGCUGAGGGAGGCAGAUGAAAGAGGACGGAGCUGAAAAAAUAGGCAGCGGCAGCCUCAUUCACUAUUCAGUAGACCGACACCAAGGGGCCUGGCUGUUAGGACAGUGCUGUCAGCCGGUGGAAUGGGAAAUAUUCUGUUGUGGGAGUCGUGUGUGCUUUUGGAGCUGACCUACUCAACUACCCAGAUACCGUAGCACAACACACAACAGGCGCAAACACAGCGCAAACACACACACACACACACACACACACACACACACACACACACACACACACACACACACACACACACACACACACAAUUCUUUUAUUCCCUCUGCUGCUGUGCCUUGGAGUGAACCUGAUAGUAUUGUUGAUACUGGCAGAGAGACAGCGACUACAGGCACCACUGGGAGGAGAGGCAGCUGGUCAGACCCAGUGCUAACACUAAAGGAGUACUUCACAACCUUUCGUCCAGUCACGACUUUCAAAAUAUAGAUAUGAGGGAGUCCCAGAUGUACUUCCCGGCGCGCACCGUGCUGUUCCGCAAAGAGGCCAACGGGGUGACGUACCGCGUACCGGCGCUGAUCUACCUGCCCAGCUCCUCCUCCUUCCUGGCCUUCUGUGAGGAACGCCUGAGCCCUGCGGACGCACAGGCCAACCUCCUGGUCAUGCGCAAGGGCAAGUUCUACAGGAAUUAUGUAGAGUGGACUGAUAUGCGUGUGCUGUCCACAGCACAGCUGCAGGGCCACCGUUCCAUGAACCCAUGCCCCGUCUACGACGAGUUCACUGGCACCCUCUUCCUGUUCUUCAUCGCCGUGCUGGGCCACACCUCAGAGUCCUACCAGCUGGUGACGGGCAAGAACGUCACACGCCUCUGCUACGUCUCCAGCACGGACCAUGGGGACACCUGGAGCCCCGUCACCGACCUCACCAAGAGGGUCAUUGGAGACACCAUUAAAGAGUGGGCCACCUUCGCCCUGGGCCCCGGCCACGGCAUCCAGCUGAAGUCUGGCCGGCUCCUAGUGCCGGCCUACGCCUACCACAUCGACUGCAAGGAGUGCCUGGGCAGGGUGUGCCUGACCACGCCACACUCCUUCUGCUUCCACAGCGACACGCACGGGCGCGUGUGGCGCUUCGGUGAGGCCAUCCCCGGGCCAGAGAGCGUGGAGUGCCAGAUAGUGUCCGUGGACGAGGAGGACGGCGGUAACUUCCUGUACUGCAACGCCAGGAGCCCGCUGGGGUACCGCGUGCAGUCGGUCAGCCUGGACGACGGCGCAGUGUUCCAGGACGGCCAGCUGGUGCAGAAACUGGUGGAGCCCCGCAAUGGUUGUCACGGCAGCGUCAUUGGCUUCCCUGCCCCUCUGGACCUACUCACGGCGUCUAGGGAGGUCCCUCAUCUUGGACGACACUGGACGACGUCUCUCCGUGUUCCAUCCAACCCCUCGUCAUUGUCGCCCUCGUCCUCGACUCCUGUUAGGAACUUUCUCAACCCUACAUGGGUGGUGUAUUCUCACCCCUCGUUGCCCAACGCACGCAGGGACCUUGGGGUGUACCUGAGCCUGUACCCUCGUGAUCCGGACAGCUGGUCUGGGCCUUGGGUGAUCUACGAGGGGCCGAGUGCCUACUCAGACUUGGCCUACCUGGAGCUGCCCAUUCCUGGGGCUCCUCCAAUCACAGGCUUCGCCUGCCUGUUUGAAAGCGGCAUGAGGACACCCUACGACGAGAUCUCAUUCAGCCUCUUCACCCUCUACGAGCUCAUUGAAAACCUCCCUGCAAAGAACUGCCAACUCACAGAUGCAAAAAGUUGCAUGCAACAGCACACUACGAAGAGGAAGCAAAGAAAAUCCUGUGGCCUUUGUUGUGUAUCAUGAAAAAAAGUUCAAACUGUAAGACUGUAGGCCUAUCCUAAGAAUUUAGUCAAGUAUAGUUUUACAAAAAGUGGAGCAACACUUCAUAGUAAAAGCUUUAGAACUAUGGCACAUGCUGCCUUGUAGGCUAGUGAGAAUGAUUAGGCUAAUAUUAAGAUGGCGGCCCUAUAAUGUCGUUCAGUUCAAUAAGGUGGGGUGUCUAAAAAACACUAUACUUUCCUAAAAACAACUAUAGGUUUUAAAGUUUUCAUUUUUAUAACAAAGACAUAUAAUAGGCCCAAUAGCCUAGAAUGAUUUUACAUUUAGUUCAAAACAGCUCUGUAUAGUUUUUUUUUUCCUUUUUUGUGUUGCACAAUGUAGUUCACAUCCCACAAUUAGAUUUUUUAUAUUGCAUAAUUUUGCAUUUCAUACAAGAAGUAAGUGUUAAGUUGCUCUCAGUUUGUCUGUUGCUUGUUUGCUUUCUUAUAAUGGCUGUAAUCGUCCUCCAUUUUCCCUUGCUAAUUUUAACAGUGUUUUGAUGUGAAUAAUUAAAAGCCGACACCCCAACCCAACCCCAUACCUCGGCUAUAUUAAUUAGUUGUAAUUGGGAUAAUUGGGAAAUAAUGUGUAACACACUUGUAGCACAUUAUUGUCCACGUCAAAUUUCUUUAGGUAGGCCUAGAACAUGUGCAGGCUAAUUGCUGUGCUGAAAAAAGGGGGCAUUUCGGAGAAAAUUAGCGGAAAUCAAAUCCCGCCAAUGUUUUCCUUUGUGUUCACUCACCUAGCAAAUGAGGCUUUUCUGUAGUCCUCCUAACCGUGAAUAGGCCUACCAAUCAAAAUAACACAUUCGCCUGCCUGAGCGACGCAAAAACUCGUCAGACAAUUUCUAUUAACAGGUUCACCUCGCGUGCGUGUAGGGCUAGACUUCCGCGCGCGUUGUGUUCAUACCUUUUUAAUUGGCCAAUCAAUACCAGCUACAAUCUUUGCUACAACUCUCAAAACUAGACCAGUAAUGUGACGCCUGCCCAUCAAUACUGUUACAGCUCCCCCUGCAGGUCUACGUGGGACCACACUUGCUCAUCCCGGGGAAAGGGUUUGCAGACCUCCCCAAGCCCAAGCAAUACGACCCUAAACCUAACCCUAACCCUAACCCUAACCUUAAAUCGCUUGUUUGAAACGUUUGAUUACCAAUGUGAAGUACAGAGAGGGCAUCAAACUAGUGGGCCCCCUUCCCUGACCUCCCUCACUGCUUUUAAGCCGUGGCAGCCAUUUGCUCCCUUUCUCCUCUUUUCUGUUGCCUAUGAGGCGAGGCUGCCAAUGGGCCCUGGAGAAAACAAUAAAAGUGAAAUCAUGAGGCCUACAGUUUCAGUGUGGUGCCGGCCCUUAACAACCACAGCUGUCUCCACUUUAUUUAGACAUCAUGCAAUAUAUCCACAUGUUAAGAAUAGUUUAAUGAUACAUUCAUGAUAAUAAUUCAGAAUUUUAUGAUAUGAUAUGAUGGCUUCAAUACCUCCCAAAGGAACCAAUUCAGAAUAGUCAACAACUGCCUAUGAAACUUACUUACUGUAAAUGGGUUUAACAAAUACCUUAAAUUAAGAAUAAAAAAUGGUUGUAAAAAUUGAUAAUAAAUCCAAACAUUACUGCCGUAAUCGUUCACGUAUUACAUUUCUAGAAAAUUAACUACCAUGUUGCAUUAUGAUCGGGGCUGUUGACAGCUUUGAGCAGGCCCAGGACAAAAUAAUCCGAAAGGGCCCCCGCUCAAAACAAUGUAAUGGGGUCCCAAUUACCCCAUCAGUUUCCCUGGUUAUGACUUACAUUACAUCACACUUAACAGAUGCUUAUGUCCAAAACAGCUUACAGUCAGUUACUAGCUAGAGGGCAAGUGACCUACUACAGUGAUGCAGCCGCUAAAGCAACAUGGGGAUGUGUCUUACUCAAAGGUAUGGAAUAAGUUGCAGGACCACAUGCAUAAUUUAUAUUGGUCAGGAUAAUAUUGCUCAGGAUGCAUGCCAUUGGCAAAAUAGAUGACGAGUGAAAUGUAAGCAAUCACAUGUGAAUGCAUGACUGUAGCAGACAAGUUCUCUCAUUGUGUAUUGUGAGUUGUGUGCACGGCAAGAACUGUUCCCAUAGUAUGUUUAGUAAAAAAGCGGCACUCUCGGGUGUAAUUCUUUUUUUAGAAUUAUUUUUCAAUCUACUGGGUUACUGCAAGAAUUACACCCGAGAGUGCGUCUUUGACCUUUGCUUUUUGCUCGCACCUGAAGACCUUGUAAGAACAGUUGAGAGUUGAGCACACUUUCUAAAAAAAAAAAGCCCAUAGUGAGGAUGACAGAGAACAGAGAUGGAUAGGGAUGAUCGAAACAUGAUCGAAUGUUUGUGGCUGCAGUACUGACAAACUUUUGCUUUGGCAACAAAAUCAAGUCAAGUUAAAUGAUGCUGCCUAUCUAAUUUGCCAAGUUUGAUUACAAAAAAUGGGACACUUUCAGAAACACACACAUCAACACUGUACUGUAGUACAACGCGUUGAAAUACAUUGAAAAAACGGUGGCCACUUUGAUCACUUUGCUUAACACAAUGCAGUGUUUACUCCUGUAACUGAAGACCAACACAGUAUAAUAGAGCUCAUGUAGAGUUGUGCUUUGUGGGCACUGAUUAAAAUUACACUGCAAGUGAUUGGUUCACCAAAGAGCAUCCUCUCUGCUAUGCGUAAGUACCCUUGCGGUCCACUUCUCCAGGAGUUUAACCACUUAACCCAACAUCAGAUACCAGUCAGGGCCAGUUCUCGGAUGAGAACUUUGCAGUUUGACGGCAGGCGCAUACAAUGAAAUGGUCCAUCACUCCUUUUUUCUUCUGAUUAGAAUUUCCAAAAUACAACCUGGCAAGCAAUGGAAAGAAGAUGCUUAUCUGGCUGGCUACAUCACUUCAGAUAAAUUGCAAAUGACAAUUGCGCGUGGCGACUGCCAAAACCCACCAAUUCAGGAUCAUUCUGAUACAUCUCUAAAAAUGAACGACUUGAGACACACAAGUUGUGAUUGUGAAAGAAGUGAAGACGAGCAAAUGAGUAAUUGUCAAUGGCAGAAAUACUAAUAUUGUUAUAACAUUAAGGCAUUAAGGAUAAUUGAAUUCACCGGGUCUAGGCCCCUGAGGCUGAAAGAGAUAUUAAACUCACAUUUAGCCUAAGUGGACCCAGGAUUUUCUAUGUCUGGGAAACAUUUAUCUAAGCUAUAUUACAUCACCGUAACCACAACAAACCAUUUCAAACCAGGGUGGUGGUGGUGCAUUACCAUUUUACUGCCUGGCCACAAGAAAGGAGACCAAAGUAAUUCUAUUGAACCCAUACUAAGCAAAUAAAGUUAUUGGAGUUCACAGUUUAAAGUCAUAAUAUCCUGAUCCUAGUGUGACUGGGAUUGGAUGAGAUCAUAAGAGCUUUCAUCACAAACUGAUGCUCGCUUGGUCGUAGAGAUGCACCGGAUCCUGAUUUUUAGGAUCCUGCCGGAUACCGGAUCCACUGCUUAAGAUCCUGCCAGAUCCGGAACCAGAUACCGGAUCCUACAAAAGGGUUGAAACACAUAGCCAACUCGCACACGUGGGCCCUUUUUAUUACGUUGGCGCACACUAUUUUUAAGACUCAUUGGCUUACUGCCACACUGCCUUCAACGGCCGCUUCCAAAGGGCUUUCACUCCAUGCAGCGAUUGGGGUUGUGAAAAGACUGACUGAAAAGCCUAGGCUACGUAUACCGGAUCCACUGCUUAAGAUCCUGCCGGAUCCGGAUAGUCUGAAAAACUUAUCCAUAUCCUGUCGGAUCCGGAUCUUGGAUCCUGUACAACUCUACUUGGUAGUUAGUUACCCCAAGCGUGUGAAACGUGUGCAUCUGUAUUGGACAUGUUCAUAUACUACACCCCAAUGAUAAAUACAGCCAACCAGAUUAAUGGGAGUAUCAAGUAUACCCUUCUCUUACUGCUUUUCAGCCUUUAUUGGUUUUUAUGAGACAGGAUAGUGAAGGAGAGGCAGGAAGUGAGCUGGGAGAGAGAGAUGGGGAAGGACCGGCAAAGGACCCGGACCGUGAAUCGAACCCGCGUCGGCCGAGUGGUAAACGUGUGCCCUACCAUAUCAGCCACGUUAGGGACAAUAAUUGUCUAUUUUGCAUGACUUUUGGUCCCCAAAGAAAACAGUGGUGGAAUGUUCAGAUGGAAUGUUCGUACACUCUAAAACUGUGUGUGAAAAAGCUUUUUCAACCAUAAACUCUGAACUGAGUGUAGCUGUUAUGUGAAGAAGCAAACUUGUGGCCUCUGUUAUAAGGCCCAUAUUUAAAUAACUAUAUGGGCUUGUUAUGCAAGACUUAAAACACACAGCGUCUUAAUAGCAUAAAUUGUUUGUUAAAAAAUCGAUACACAAGAGUUGAAGAAGUUAAUUUAGGCAACUUUAAUCAAGACAUUCUUUAGAAAACAAAAUUCUUGAUUACAAAAAGUUACAAAUGCUGUCUCCAUUACUCCUUCCAUAUUCUGUGUAUUUGUGGAUACCCGCAAAUGGGCAAAGAAUUGUAUAACUUCUUAUGAUUUUCCUUUUGACAUUCUGUUCCAAUGCAACACAAACAAAAACUGCGCCCCAAAAAAAGGGGUAUUGGUGGCGAAGAAGACCAACAGAAAUCUGCUUGUGUACAGGACCCGAGUACAGGACAACUGAGGGCAAGCUGCAACUAUUUCUAUCGGCAUGACAAAAUGCACAGACAUCUUUAGCUUUCCCCAUUAUACACUUGUGCCCAACGGAGAGCACACAGACAAAAAAACAAAGAUAA